AUGGAUCUAACAACACUUCCACUGAUUUUAAGCGUCUACUACCCUCUCCUGGCUGUGUUCGGUGUCCCUGCUAAUAUACUGACAAUUGUGAUAUUGUCCAAUGGAAAAUGCAGCCUUUCCAAAUGUAUCACUUAUUACAUGGUGGCCAUGGCAGUAGCAGACUUAAUGGUCUUAAUAUUUGACGUACUUCUAUACAAAAUCAAGGAAAUAUAUUUCCCAAAGUCAUUUCUGGACUACUCUCAAACGUGUAGCCUUAAGAUAACUUUCAGUUUCAUUUCCACUGAUUGUUCUGUCUGGUUAACAGUCGCUUUUAGCGUUGAUCGCUUCAUUUCCAUAUGUUGCCAGAAGCUGAGAACCAAAUAUUGCACAGCACACACUUCAGUUGUGGUUAUAGCAGUGAUAUGUGGGCUUUCAGCUUUACAAAACUUUCCAACUUAUGUUAUGAAUGAACCUGGACAGAUUAUUGACAGCACACCAUGGUUCUGUGUCUUAAAAGCUACAUUUUAUACUUUGCCCUCUUGGAUAGCAUAUUUGUGGUUGGAAACUAUUUUGACUCCUUUUGCUGCAUUUUUCUUAAUUUUGCUCUUCAAUAGUUUGACCAUUAGACACAUUUUGGUGACCAGUAAAGCUAGGAGGGAUUUUAGAUCAAGUUCAAAUGAUCCAGAGGUGGAAAACCGCAGAAAGUCCAUUAUAUUACUUAUCGCUAUUUCUGGAAACUUUAUUUUUCUUUGGAUGCUAAUCUCUGUCUGUCAGAUAUUUGUCCAAACCACUCAGAAUGAAUUUUACAAUACAGAUUACAGCGACAGCUUCACCGUGGCGGAGCAAGUUGGAUAUAUGCUUCAACUUUUAAGUUCCUGCACCAAUACAGUUAUUUACGGAGUUGCACAGACAAAGUUUAGGAGUGAAUUGAAGGAAAUGAUCAAAUAUCCCUUUGCCCUGCCAAUCAAGUUAAUCAAAGCACGUUAUUCGAGACGUUGGAACGGGUUACUUUCAUGA